UAGUAGAAGUUUACAUUUUUAUUCUAUAAUAAAUUAUACCAAUUUAAUCACACAUGGACUUAAUAUAUGUAUGGACUUAAAAAUUACUUGCAAAAUAUGGAAUCGUUACGUAGCAUAGAAUAGGUUAUAGGACUUAAUAAUGAACAACUUAAAAUGAUAAAUUUUAUUGUCAAUUAUAAAUUAUACAUAAACAAUAUUACCCGUACUUCGUUAUUGCAAAACAUGUUAGAACCAAUCAGAACAGAUCUGCGCAGUAUGAACAGAAACUUAUUCGGCAUUAUGGUUCUCUAAUCAUGGAAGUUUGGAAGCUUCUUUCCCGUGAUUGGUGACUCGGUGACAUUGGUAUUGAAAACAUAACAUUGUACAAUAAAUUCAAAUUGUUUUCAGUUAAUGCUGAUUAAAUAUUACCGUUAAACAAGAAGUGAAGAUUUACUGUACCAAAUAAAAUGUCAGCCUUUCAACAAAAGUAUAAGGAAAAGGUAAUAGGUUUUGGAAACACAAAAGAAAGUCGAUUUAUUCGUGCUAAAGAACGUGAAGAAUCACGUAAAAGACAAAGAGCUGAAAAUUUCAAUAACUGUAGAAAUAUUCCAACUUCCAGUACGACAGAGAAUAAAAAAAUGCAAUCAAAUCAUGUGGUCAAAGAUAAUCUCACUAGAUUCAUGAAAUGGAAGGCUGAACAAGAAAGACGUAGGAUCGAACAAAUGAAAAAGAAAAGACCUUUUGUAGUUGGAAUUGUCCAUCAUAAAGUAUAUUCUCCAAUACCAAGUUAUCGUACCACUAAUUCAAAUAUAACUAACAACAAGGUAUGUAAUAAAACUGUACCGACAUCAUCUGCAUCUUUACCAAAAAGAAUUACAAAAGCUACAGAGAAAAGAUUAAUGAACAAAGGUCUUAUAAAAACACCAAUAGAUCAGUCAAGUAAAAAACAAAAAUCUCUAAAUAAUGGACAAAAGAAUCAAGGAAAACAAGAAAAAUCUUUUGCACCUGCAGAUUAUAGAUCUAAAUCCCGAACAAACUUAUCUCGUAUUCCAUUAUUUGUUGGAGUACGUGUAAAAAGAAUAUCACAUACCAAGAUCAAUAAAUCUUCAUUGUCACCUACAAAGAUAUCAGAAACUUCCAGAAUAAGUAAUACUACAGAAUAUACAGUGGAAAAUGUCAAUCACAAAAACAGUAAUAUAACAGUAAUUCACAAACAAGAAGAUACAGAUGAGUUAAGUGAGAGUUUUAUAGAACCUGCGUUAAUAAAAUCAUUAUUUGACGAAAAAAGAUUUAUUUAUAAUGAUAUCAACAAUAAUAAUAAUGGUGAUAGUGAAUUAAAAGUACAAGAUACAAAAACACUUUGUUCUUCAAAGAAUAAUAUGUUUAUAUUGGCACCAAAUGAUCCUCAGGAUGAAGCAAUAUUGUAUUCACCAUAUGUAGUUCUUAGUUGUAAAAAAUCCAGUGCCAGAAAAGAACAGCAAUCUGAAUGUGUAUUCAGUCUUAGUGAUUUAAAAGAUGAGUCUAAAAAAUAUACUCCUGUUAGACAGGACAAAACACAACUGAAUCUGCAAGAAAUACAAAUAUCUGCAGCAAUGAAAAGUAUAGGAAAUUUACCAACUGUAAAGGUAGAUGAAAUAUCCUCAACAUCAAGAAAAACAAUCCUGAAACAAUCAAAUGAUUCAACCAAAAUAGAAUCUUGUAUAAAAUCAACAGUUAAAGUUGAAGUUGACCAGAAUAUAAUUUCAAAUGAAGUAUUAGUUAAUCAAGAAAUUUUGUGGAAACCAAAUUUAUGUAUAAGUCCUGAACUAGAUGAAUGUAGUAUUUGUAGUCCAGAUGAAGUAGCAAUUAAUAUAAAAAGAAGACUUAGAUUUAAUUCUGAAGAAUUUGGUGAUGGUAACUUGCAAAAUUCUGAAUUAAGAAAUUCUAUUGAUAGAAAAAGAACUAAAGUUCCAUCUAUAAAUAUACAAACUGCAACUCCUGUUAAACAUUCAGAUUUAAAUAACACACCAUUUUCAAAAACAUGUCUAACAGGACAAUAUGCUGUGGAUGAAAGUAACAAAGAGUUGGAUGAAGAUUUAACACUGAAUAUUACUUCAACACAACUUAAGAGUCUUGCAGAGAAUACAGGCUCAGAACCACACAAAUGUAUUUGUAUAAAUAAUAAAGAAGAACCAAGUGGAUAUAAUGAAAAUAUAAAAGUUUUAAGGAAUAGGAAUAUUAUUGUAGUAAAUACACCUACACCUAGAAAAUUAGUUAGAAAAGUUAAUGUUCAAGAAUUGAAGCAGAAAGAAAAUAAAACUUCUUUGAAAAAGACAAGAAAAAAGAGCUUCAUAAAUAAUCGUCGAGGUGUAAAAUCUUCUGAAAAGGAUUAUUGUGGUUAUGUUUCGAAUAAAUUACCCACAACCCCACACAUUAGAUAAAGUAAACCAAUAGAAACGAGCAUAAUAAACGGAGGUUUUAUAUCAUGGGAGA